AUGCACCUCCACCACUACCGGGGGGUCAACCUCAGAGUGAUGUCUGCAGUGACUACACAGCCCCUCCCCUAUGGUGGCCUGGAGAGAGAGAAGCACAUUGAGACAUUCUUAAGGACGCUCAAUGGUCAGAGCAGGCCCGUCCGUAAUCCUCACGGCUCGCCUAAAGCCCCGCCCCGCCAAGAGCCCCCUGACGGGGGGUCAGAGAGGGUCCUUUCAGGGCUGGCUCCUGGGAGACCCGGGGAGAACGGCAUUGGCCUGCAGCAGAGGAACAGACUGAGUGAAGAAGAGGAAGAUGGUCUUCAGCUAGACCCCAUGGCUGCCUUGGAGUCAGCAAGCCAACUGCAUGUCACAGCCGGGCCUAACCUGCAAGGUCCACAAUGUGUUCCCAGAAGGAUCUACAGCAUUUCCACCGGGGGAAGCAGCGAGCAACUGUUUGUGACUGUAGAAGAGAGUUCUUGUAUGUGCCUUCAGUGUUGUGGCCCAGCUCGUUCCUGCUCCCUGCAAGGUUUCGACCGCCAGGGCCAACGGGUCUUUUAUUUUGAAAGGCCCCUCAGGGUGGAUGCCUGCUGCCUAGGCUGCUGCCUUAUGGAAAUGAGGGCCUACUCCCAUCAGGACCUCCUCCUUGGCACCGUACGACAGAGGUGGAGUAUGUUCACUCCUCUGCUGGAGGUGUGCGACUCAGAGGGAACUCCUACCACCAGGAUCCUAGGCCCCUGUUGGCCCUCACGCUGCGCUGCCACCCAGCAGUUCCAGGCAGUCUCAUUGAUGGGGGAGAGAAUUGGCACAAUUUGGAAGAGAUGGCCGGGCUUCAACAAUGAGUUUAACAUGGACCACGAGUACUUUGGGCUGGAGAUGCUGCAGAAUAUGGACUCGUCUACCAAGUUGCUUCUGCUAGCCGCUACCUUCUUAUUGAAUUACAUGUUCUUCGAGAUGAGUUGAUCAAAGAUUCGGCCAUCUAUUGCUUCACCACUAAAGCGACAUCUGACUGUUGGUGCUGAAGGAGCCAAGACGUCAGCCGAACAGAGUCUUCACUGCAACCACUUACUUGAAAAAAAACCCGUUAGGAGAAAGAAUCACAAUAGCCGAGAGGUUAUAGCAG